UCAAAAAAAUCUCAUAAAAAGAAUUAAAAUGUCCGAUAAUAAGUACGCGGUGGCUGGUCCAAACUUCCAGGACUAUAUUACCUGUCCUUAUGACAGCGCUCAUCGGAUCAGGCCAAGCCGUUUCACAUUGCACUUAAUAUGCUGUUCUAAGAACUUUCCUUCAUCAAAAAAGGUGCGCUGUCCUUUCAACACAGCCCAUGUGCACAGUGUUUUCGUAAUGAAGGAUCAUGUUGCCGAGUGCCCAGACCGCUCGCUAUUGGAACGCUACAAGCUCCCGGACAUGUUGCCCCCAGUAGAGCCAAGACAGACUGGUUUUCUAAUCGAGACUGAUGAGGAUUGGGACGCCGAACCGCCGGUAGCGACUUAUGAUCCCCAAGCGUACUGCGAACGGACCUUUGUCAUAAGGAAUCCGCAAGGAAAUCCGCCGGCCGCCCGUCGCGCGUUCCGCAAACGCGAAAACAAACGCUUCACGGGCAAGGACGGAUCUUAA